CCAUUUUCGCCUCUUUCUGGUUCUCACCAUUUUCCUUCUGGCAAUGGAAUAUGAGUCGUUGAGAAAGGGGGGGAAAGCUUACAAUCAUCAACAAUGGCGCCGCAUUCGAGUGAUGGGGAAAAGAAAGCUAUACAGGAAGAAUCCCGAGGUGGUGAAAAUGGAGAUCCCAACCUGAUUGAGCUUGUGGUUCCGUCGGAGGAAGAUUUCCUCAUCGGCGGUGGCGGCGGAUCUGAGAGAGUCCCACCCGAAUUCAAGACAAAUCUUGCAACAAAAUGCUAAGCAGCUAACCUGGGUUGUCCAGCACCUCGUCACAACAACGCUCGAGCUUAAGGAUUGCUUCACUUUGAUUUAAUCCGAUAGAUUUUUUGUUCCAGGUCGAAUACCUCACCCUGCCUGGGUUGUUUAUGGAUCCACUUCAAGAAGAUCAAUAGCGGUUUCAGAGAUUCCCAAACGCAAGCCAAUACUUGAGUUCUCCACUUGCAUGCUCUUGGCUCUGCGAAAGGAAGAAGUUGAUUUGGAGGGCGAGUUGGAUGCAGAGCCAAAAUCGGCAUUAACAUAUCCGCCAUCGAGUGAGGUACAUGGAGUGGCAAUACAAGGGAAUAUCAGGCGAAGGGGAAAGACAUCAGUGGCGGGAGGCGAUCGGAAUCAGUGCAUCCGAAUUCAUUGAAGGGAAUGAUUGGGUGUCUCAAGAGAGUCGGGGAAGAGUGUUGAAGAACAGGGGAAGAAGAGGCACAACAGGGAGUCUCAAUGAGUUUAUUUAUUAAUAUAUUUUUUAAUUUAUGAUGUGUAAAUUUAAAUUAUUGAAAUAUCUGACGUGUCACUGUUUGCUUAUUUGGCGAUGAUGUGUAUGCUGAUUUGGCGCUUAGUAAUAAGUUGACGGUGUUAUUAACAUCGUUAAAGCAUCUGAAGCAAAUGGCUAUAUUUGUCCUACAACAAUUUAAUAUUGCAUCUGCUACUGUGUUCCACGAAGACUUCGUGGAGACUGAUCACUGUCCGAUCAGAAUUGACCUUCUCCCCAUGAAGCACCCAUCAUGUACCCCCUUCAGAUUGGAUAAACAAUGGCGGGACAAUGAGGAGUGUUGCCAGAUCAUUUGUAACCAGUGGAAUAGAGGCGGUAUGGUUCAGGAAAUUCUGAGGGACUGUUAGGGUGAGCUCCAAGCAUGGGCAAGGGUUGAUCGAGCAAACAAGUUAAAGAGAGAAAAGGAAAUCAGAAUGAGACUCCAAGAUUUACAAGGUCCAAGUAGGACUCCAGAUACGGUCACGGAAGAGAAGAGCCUCCUACAAGAACUGGAACUUCUUUGGAACUCGGAGGAAGAAUUUUGGGCGCAAAGAUCCAGGAAUAGUUGGCUGCAAGAGGGUGACAAGAAUACGAGCCUUUUCCAUGCUAGUACAAUCAAAAGAAGGAAUAGAAAUUGUCUUCUUAAGCUCAAAGAUUCAAAUGGGAAUCAGAUUGACAAUGUACAGGAUCUUGAUGAGCACGCCAAUGGUUUCUACCGCAACCUCUUCACUGGCAAAGGUGGAAACUUUGACUCGUCGCUUCUAAACGGCUUCCCGGGUCUGGUCUCAAAUGAGAUCAACAAAGCACUGACAACUCCAGUAGAGAGAGAAGAGAUACGAAAAGCGGUCUUCCAACUGGGUGCCAACAAGGCACUAGGUUCUGAUGGGUUUCCAGGACUUUUCUUCAGGAAUUAUUGGAAUACCCUCGGAGACAUCUUCUGCGAAGAGGUUAUCAGAUUUUUCCAGACAAGCGCAAUGCCGUAAAAAUGGAAUGAUACCUUCAUUGCUAUCAUACCCAAGGUGGAGGCUAUGGAGGUUGUUAGACAAUUUUGUCUGAUCAGCUGCUGCAACUUUUGCUACAAAGUGAUCACCAAAAUCAUGACUAACAGACUCCAACCAUGUUUGCCAUACCUGGUUAAUGAGCUACAAUCUUCUUUCACAGGUGGAAGAAAAAUUCAGGACAACAUUAUUAUUGUCCAUGAAGUGCUCAAUCAUUUUAAGAAGCACAGAACAGGCAAUCGAAGAGACAUGAUGAUGAAGCUUGACAUGAGAAAAGCCUAUGACUUGGUGGAAUGAGACUUUCUCAUUGAGCUCCCGAGAGCUUAUGGUUUCAAUGAGGUCUGGUGUGGUUGGAUUCGAGCAUGUAUUACCAUAGUGAAGUUCAGAUUUCUCUUUAAGGGUGAACAUCAUCGGAAUUUCAGCCUUCCAGGGGUAUUCGGCAAAGGGACCCUCUGUCCCCCAAUUUGUUAGUCCUAAUGUCUAAUGCCCUAUAUUUCCUAAUCAAGAAGGUUGUUCAGAGACAAGACAUUAAAGGAAUGAAGCUUAACAGAUCCU